GUUCAUCCCAUUCACGAACCUGUUUUUCGCGCAACUUCAUACAGGAUGGGAAAAGCUCAGAAGACGAGAAAAUUCGCCGCAGUCAAGCGGAUGCUGAAUCCCAACGAUAUCAGGCUAAAAGAGAAUCAAUUGAAGCAAAAGAAGAAGGAGGAGGUCGAGAAGGAGAAGGCUGUCCGACGAAUACCGCAGGUCGCAUCUUCGCUCUUCUUGCAACACAAUGCUGCCCUUGUUCCCCCGUAUCGGGUCCUUAUCGAUACGAACUUUAUUAACUUCAGUUUGCAAAACAAGCUGGAGCUGGUUAGUGGCAUGAUGGACUGUCUGUACGCCAAGUGCAUACCCUGUGUGACGGACUGUGUGAUGGCUGAGCUCGAGAAGCUGGGGCACCGAUACCGGGUCGCCCUGAGGGUUGCCCGAGACCCGCGCUUCGAACGUUUGACAUGCUCGCACUCUGGAACAUAUGCCGACGAUUGCCUCGUACAGCGAGUGACAUCGCACCGGUGCUACAUCGUCGCAACGUGCGAUCGGGAGCUCCGUCGGCGUAUCAGACAGAUUCCUGGUGUGCCGCUCAUGUACAUCGUCCGGAGACGAUAUGCAAUAGAGCGGCUGCCUGACCAGGGCGCGCCAGCAUGAAUCAUCUGGGGCGGCUAUGGCUCUGGCGAGUCGCUGGCCCAGCUGAAAAUCUGGUCUUCGUUGUAGCCAUAUCUUUCGUUAUUCUCGUCAUGCUUGCAGACUGCUUGUAUCGUAUCAUACCACCCAUUUUGCCGCAAGGCCUGCUCGGGUCCUUGGUGAUCAACUACUCUA